UUGUUGCCCCGUUCAUGAUUCUAUUUUCUUUUUUACUCGGGGUAAGUAGUGGCGAAGUUUCAUUAUCAGAAGCCGUAGUACGAGUUUCACUUCAGUCUUUUCGAAUGCCAGUUAGAACUGGUGACUUAGGUGUGACUGGAACUACAGAAAUCAUUCGGGGAAAACACAUAAGGAGACGAGAAUUUGCUAAUUAAAGUUAUACGCAAACAAGGAAUACGCAAGAGAACAGCAGCAAAGCCAGUUUCACGGAUACGUUAUUCAGUUCGUCGAAAUGAAUCUGGACCCAACGACAUCUAUAACAGCGUUUUACGCGGGCCGAAGUAUAUUGAUUACGGGUGGUACGGGCUUCAUGGGAAAAGUGUUGAUCGAAAAAUUGUUAAGAUCAUGUCCCGCCGUGGAGGAAAUAUUUCUACUAAUGCGGCCGAAGAAGAACAGCACCAUAGACGACAGGUUAAGGCAAAUGCUGGCUUUACCGCUAUACGAUAAGCUGAGGGAAACGGAUCCUUCAGUUUUCGAAAAACUGAUCCCAGUCAUAGGCGACGUGACGGAAGAAGGCCUGGGAUUACCGCCGGUGGAGCGUAAGGUUCUAAUCGAAAAAGUUUCGAUAGUAUUCCACGUCGCUGCCAACGUCAGGUUUGACGAUCCUCUAAAGCACGCUGUGCUCAUGAACACCAGAGGCACACGGGAUGUUUGCAUUUUGGCAGCAAGCAUGAAGAAGCUAGUGGUUCUCCUCCACGUAAGCACCGCUUACGGAAAUACCGACAGACCGGUUAUCGAUGAGAUUUUAUACCCAGCGCACACCGAUUGGAAAAAGGCGAUUAAAAUUGCAGAAAACAUGGACGAGAACAUUUUGAACAUCAUGACGCCAAAAUUCCUCGGUAAAUUGCCAAACACCUACACCUUCACCAAGCAACUGGCCGAGCAUGUUAUCAAUGAUUACGCUGGAAUCAUUCCCAGUGUAAUAUUCAGGCCAUCGGUUGUUGUAGCGACUGUAAAGGAGCCGAUACCGGGAUGGAUGGACAACUUCAACGGUCCUGUGGGACUCAUGAUCGGCGGUGGCAAAGGUGUUUUAAGAUCAGUCUAUGGUAAUCCUGACCUCGUAGUAGACUUCAUACCGGUAGACGUGGCUAUCAAAACAUUGCUUAUAAGCACCUGGUUAAGAGGGAUAACAACUAUAACGCGGGACCCCAGUGUUUCAGUCUACAACUGUUCAUCGAACGGUCUAAAGGCGGUCACAACCAAAGACAUGAUGAAUCUGGCAUUUAAAACUGUCGCCGAGCUCCCCCUGGAAGGGUGUCUCUGGCUCCCCAACACCACGAUGUACUCAAACAUAUUCAUGUACUACCUGACUGUGUGGAUAUUUCACCUUAUUCCAGCCCUCGUUAUCGAUACUGUGCUCAAGCUGAGUGGCGCGAAACCAAGGCUCGUGAAAUUGUACAGGAAAAUUUACACGGCAAACCUUGCAUUGACGCAUUUUUUGAAGGAAAAAUUUAAAUUUGAAAAUUCAAAACUAAUGGCACUAAACGAAAUUGUGCCAGAGGUAAAUCGAACGGACUUCAGCGUUGAUGUUGGACAAAUCGAUGUAACGGAAUAUUUCAGGGAUAGUUUGAUCGGAGGCAAGUUGUACCUCCUGAAGGAAGAUAUAAAUAAAAUACCCGAAGCUAAGGCCCACUAUAACAAAAUGUGGUGGAUCGACAGAGUUCUCAAAGUAUGGUUUGCCAUUUUUAUUACAUGGAUAGGAUUUACCUACGGUAUAUUUGCACACAUUUCAACUUAUAUUAUGACGCUGUUUGACUUCUCGUUAACAGCUUAAUAACGGUUUAAAAUUUUGUGAUCAAGUCAGGCUUGCUGUGUGUUGUUAAUGUUUAUCGUGUGCAAAAAGAAGACUAUCUAAAAAAGUACCGUUUUAACCUUUAGUCAUUUCUCAAGAUGACGUAAACAAUCAGAAUUCUUUCUGAUUCACUGGUCACCAGGGAUUGAUGACA